AUGAACGGCCUCUCGGACGAACCCACAGCCAAGUUUCGAAAGGUCCGCAAAGGGACACACAGCUGUCAGGAAUGUAGACGCCGAAAGGUGAAAUGUAUUUUCGCCUCGACAAAUGAUAGUACGUGCAUUGUCUGCCGCCGCCGGGGCACGAGAUGUGUCAGUCAGGGUGAACUGCUAAGAGAUGAGGUUGAUGAGAGACAGACACCUGGCAUGCCGCCAACGCCAGUGUCUGCUCACUCCGUUUCUGUUGCAGAGCCAUCUCUUCAUGGAAAGACAGCAAAAGCUCUUCUGGAUACUCUUCCCUGUCAAAAAGACAUCCAGAUCUUGCUUGGCAGAGUAUCCAGAUACUCCACACUUAGCUAUAGAUCCAACUUCAAAAGCUUAUCACCAGAGGAGCUCCUCAAGGAGCAAAUUCAAGUACCUACCUUGCUCCAUCCAGAAACGCAUCCUGUUUUACUGGGAAGGCAAAUGCUUCUGUUCGCAGCCGCAUUGCAGCACAUUUCGCCAAACGCUGAAAUCCCCGGUCUCAAUGAGGGCCAUCGCCUGAUAAUGGAAAGACUAGCCGAGUCGGCCAUCAGGAUGGUUACAUCGAACGACGAACUUUUGGGGACGUUGGAGGGGUUAGAGAACAUCAUUCUUGAAAGCUUUUAUCAUAUUGACAGCGGCAACAUCCGACGAGCGUGGAUCACAUUACGUCGUGCUGUUAUGGCGGCUCAUCUGAUGGGCCUGCACCAACCGGGCCACUAUCGGUUCAAGCUUAUCGACAACCGGAACAGUCUUGACCCUGCUGUUAUGUGGGUUUGCGUCGUCUCCAUGGAGCGGUUCCUAUCCCUGCUUCUGGGACUACCCACGAGCACUGCCGAUGCGAAAACCUCUACUCAGUGCGCAACGAAUGGCGAUUUGUCCGCGCUCGUAAUGCAUCUGACCUCUAGGAUCCUCCACCGGAACCAAUUGAAUUCAACUCUUCAGGCGGCUCGCGAUAUGACCAAAGAAAUCGAUCAAGAACUUAUUCAGAUGACCGAGAAAUUGCCGCCCUCGUUCUGGCGGCCACUCGCCCUGGCAGGUCUUGAAGUGGAAUCGGUUGAAGCGUUCUGGGAAAGUCGCCGGGCCAUGGAUCAUAUGUGCUACUACAUGUUAGUGAACCAGCUUCACCUUCCAUACAUUCUGUGCCAAAGUCACAAUCCGUACGUUCUAUACUCGAGACUCGCCUGCCUCAGUGCCAGCCGCGAGAUCUUGGCCAGGCAAAUUGCGGUUCGUACGUUUAACCCGGUCACUGCUUAUUCACGGAUUGGCGACUUUCUCGCUCUCACUGCAGGUAUGACAUUGAUGCUGGUGCACAUUGUUAGCCAUGGUCAUAAAGAGAUCGGCAAUAGCAGUUUGCUCAUCCACGAACGACUGAGCGAUCGGGCGGCUGUCGAGCAAGCUCUUGACUGCAUGAAGUCCAUGUUAGAACUGCAAGAAGAUGUACUUGCCGCCAAAUGCGCGGUUUUGCUCAGAGAACUAUUGGUUAUUGAGGCAGUAACUGCACAAGGACGACAUUCGUCCAGGGAGCACACUAUUGUGCGGCUCGCCGAGCUCUCCAUUCAAGUCCCAUAUCUUGGUGCGGUCCGUGUCUCCUCUCAAGGAAUUACGAUUACGCCGCACUCUAAAUUAGGGCAUCAUUCGGUUCCCAGUGAAGGCGCAAGCGUCACACUCGGCGGUCUUGGAUCAAUUCACGUUCAGAGCCCCACGAACCCUGCAAAUGCAGCCCCUCAAGUUGGCAACCCGAGUCUUGACACCAUGAGCGACAAUACGGCAUUGCAAUUACCGGUUCAGAUGCAGGAUCAGAUGUUUCCUGAUGCUGCAGCUGGCGUGGACAACUGGGUAUUCCAGGGCUUCGACACUGCUUAUUUUGAUACUCUCUUCCGCGGGCUUGGGGAACAACUGGACAGUGCGACGACAUGA